AUUAGCAGCUAGGCAGCUAGCAGCUAAUUUAGCAACAGCCUUGGUUGAGGUUACUGGUGAGGCCAAUUAUUUGUACUAUUUGUCCAGUAAAUAGCCUGUGCUAGCUGCUAAUUCCAAUUUCAGUCAUGUUUAAAAUAAAUUAAUUAAUUAAAUGUAAGUACUUUUCUAUUUAAAAAUGAGUUCAGUAUAAGUAAGCCUAAAAGGAUAGGUUAGCAGGUAGCAUAGUAGCUAGGUUACACUUUCUUUUAUCCUGGGAUUAGCUUGAAGUUUAGUAUUACCGGGAUCAAUUAUCAAUAUUAUCAAUUAAGUUAUUAUAGUUUGUGGUUUGACCUAAUGUGGUUUCCCGAGAAGGAAAAAUGUGGAAAUCACCUGGACUACAAUAUGACUACAAUAUAAUAUUAACUAUGUUAUUCUCCCGUCUAGAAUUUUGUCUCAAGCAAAGUUCACUUCCUUCCGCUUGAUAAGAUAAGCUAGUAGUAUUUUUAUGAUUGUUAGUUUAAAUCCGAUACGAGACUUUUGCGACUUUUGCAGUAGCUGUCAGUCACAUGGCGUGACAUGACACAUAUGCAUGACACAUGGAAGUGCAGUAAAUAUAGCUCCCUGACGAACGCAGUAAAAGACAACAUAUCCACUGGCGUCACGGUUUACUUUAAAAUCCCUUUGUCGUCUUUUAGGCUUUUGCUUCCUCACAUGUGGGCGUGUUUUAUAGCUCAGCCACUUCAAAGUUGCUUCUCAGAAAGUGCGCUCGCUCGCCGGUGACAUUCCCCUUCGCUUUACUCGGUCGGCCCCUGACAGGUGGAACAUUGCGGCCCUCCUUGACUCCGCCCCGCAGCGUUGUGACUGGUGCUUGAGACGAUGAUACCGCAGCCUGACAGCUAUAAAUACCCUGCAGUCAGAUUGUCUAUCAAUGAAGUAGUAAAAGGGGGGCUGAGGAGAAGCGGGUUAGCAGGGGGUCCCUUCUUUUACUUACUGAAUUCCACAAAGGCGACCAACAUGAAAAUCAUCAUCGGCAUUGGAGGCGUGACCAACGGUGGCAAGACCACCCUGACCAACCAACUGCUCAGGACGCUGCCCAACUGCUGCGUGGUGCAUCAGGACGACUUCUUCAAGAAACCCCAUCAAAUAGAAGUCGGGGAGGACGGCUUUAGACAGUGGGAUGUCAUCACGGCCCUGGACAUGGAGGCCAUGGCCAACACGGUGAGAGGCUGGCAGGAGAACCCGGUCAAAUUUGCUCGCUCCCACGGAGUCAGCCUGUCACCCGACACCCGGGAAUGCGACUCUGAGAAGGAUGUUCAUAUCCUCCUGGUGGAGGGCUUCCUGAUCUACAACUACAAGCCCCUCCUUGACGUCUACGACAGAUGCUUCUACAUCUCGCUUCCUUAUGAGGAGUGCAAGAGGAGGAGAAGUACCAGGACCUACACCGUCCCCGACCCGCCCGGCCUCUUUGAGGGCCACGUGUGGCCCAUGUACCUCAAGCACCGCAAAGAAAUGGAGAGCCAUUGUGACAAAAUCGAAUACCUGGACGGAAUGACCUCAAAAGACGACAUCUACAUCCACGUGUUCCAGAGCAUACAGAACGCCCUCCUCAACAACUCAUAGCAGGGCGACCACCCACUGGGAAGAUUUUGUGUAUAGAUCUGUAAAUAAAUCUGGUGAUAAUUGAUGAUACCGUAUGUGCAACAAUGGAUUCUGACGUUCUGGACGUGUAGGAUUUGUAAAUAGUCGUUGAUGUUGACCACAAUCUGUGUUGUGUUUUCUAUGUUCCUGUGUUUUUGUUGUUUUUUUUUGUGGUCUAAGAGAUAAACCGCCUGUGGUUCAGCCCAGGUUGAACAGACAUAAAGGUUGAGAAAGUGAAAGUAAGUAAAA